CUGUAAUACCGGUCGGGGUUAGGGGUAGUUUUGACAUUUUGUUUCCCCACCGAUUGCAAGUGCCAAGGCCGACUCGUGGAGAGCCGAAAACUGUGAUGCGUGGAACGUGGUGACGGUGCAAAUGGCGCGGAUCGCUUUGGAGAAGUCGUAUGUCCCGUUCUCGGCUCUUCCUCCUCGGAUCUACAUUUGGAUGUUUUCCUCGUAUUUGUAGCUGCGUGUUUCUGGAAGGAUUUUUGUUUUUGUUUUUGUGUUUUUUGUUGUCGUUGCUUCGCCGGGUAUAGAUUUACUUCCUCUGCAGGCCUCCAUUGUGGUUCCGCUCGACGGUUUUGGAAUUCCGCCGUGUGGAUGGAUGAUUAUUGACUUUUGAUUAGCGCCGAGAUGAUUUGAAGCUCGGAGAUGACGACCGCGGCGGGGGAGGGCGUGGCGAAGCUGCUGUACGUGGCGGUGGUGGAGGACGAUGCACCGCCGGAGAAGAAGGAUGCGUCGUCGUUUCGGUAUACGCGUUCUCUUCUUCAGAGUACUCUGCAGCUCAUGGGAUGCAAGGCUCGCCACGCAUUUAAGAUUAGCCAAAGGGUAUUUGAAAUGAUGAGACAUGAAACCUUUGUGGAGAAGUUGAUUUCGGAAUGUGUAGAAAUAUCACCACUGGAUACAAAAGUACAUCCUCAAAGGGAGAAUGCGGACAAACAAAAUGCAGAUCAUUUGCUACAGGAGAAGAAUAAGAAAGAAAGCAAGCCAUACGAGUUGUACAAAAGACGAACCACGCUGGUUGUCAGAAGAAAAGUCUUUCUAGAAGUUGUUUGUAAAGCUCUUUCAGAGUACAAGUACAUGGGAUCGAAUCAGAGGGCCGAUCUUGUCUUAGCUUGCAGAAUCCGGGAAAGGAAGGACUCUGUAACUGUCCUACUCUGUGGCACAAGUGGCUGUGGAAAAUCUACUUUAUCUGCUUUAUUGGGUAGCAGGUUGGGUAUAACAACUGUUGUAUCAACCGACUCAAUUCGCCACAUGAUGCGAAGCUUUGUUGAUGAAGAACGAAAUCCGUUGCUCUGGGCAUCAACUUAUCAUGCUGGUGAAUGUCUAGAUGCAGUUGCGGUAGCAGAAGCUAAGACCAAGAAGAAAGCAAAGGAAUCAGCUGGUGUUUCAGCUGCCUCACUAGACAAGGGUGCAUUGCCGAGCAAUUCAGCUGCUAGAAAAGCUGAGAGCAAUUCAACCACCAGUAAUUUGAUCAGUUCGAAGCAGAUGGCAAUAGAAGGAUUCAAGGCACAAAGUGAGAUGGUAAUUGACAGCCUUGACCGAUUGAUAACUGCAUGGGAAGAACGAAAAGAAUCAGUUGUCGUGGAAGGAGUCCACUUAAGUCUCAAUUUUGUGAUGGGGCUCAUGAAGAAGCAUCCAUCGAUCAUCCCGUUCAUGAUUUACAUUUCUAGUGAGGACAAGCACUUGGAACGAUUUGCCGUCCGUGCCAAGUACAUGACACUAGAUCCAGCCAGGAACAGGUACGUUAAAUACAUCCGAAACAUAAGAUGGAUCCAGGAGUAUCUCUGCAAACGGGCAGAUAAGCAUUUGGUGCCGAAGAUAAACAACACUAAUGUUGAUAAAAGCGUAGCAGCCAUCCACGCGACAGUUUUCAGCUGCUUGAGAAGGUGCGAGAAUGGAGACCACCUUUAUGACCCAAUCACAAACACGGUGCCUGUUGUAGACGAAGAGUAUCGCAAUCAGUGUACUGCCAAUUCACUAAGCUCCCAGGGAAUGCUUCAUUUGAUUCAGAGACAAGGUUCAAGCCGGCAUUUAAUGGCACUUUUGAACGACGAUGGUUCUGUGGCGAAGGCAUGGCCAGUUGACGUUGCUGAUCAUCCCACGGGGAACGGAAUAGGAACUCCCAUGUACGGGCCUCUGCGCAUCGGCAAAGCUGAGCCAGUGAAUGUGCCGUUUGGUCUUUACGGUCUUAGCGCUUGGCCUGGCGACACUGGAUGCACAAGCCGUGCCAGCAGCGUCGAUGAUUCUAGAGGCGAGACCGACCAUGGCAGUAGAUACAUGUCAUCUGGAUGCAGCUCGCCAAGGUUUUCCGACGUGCCAGCCAAAGAGCUCAAGGAAGAACAGUCUGUUCACGGUAGUGACGAAGAGGUCGAUGAUGAGGCAUUGGACAUUGACAGUGACGAGGAUCUUAGUGAUGGAAACCACCAGAUCCAAGAAGAGUUGGAAGGAUCUGUCGACGAGGAAUCCACUAAAUCGGAUGAGGAAUACGACGAUCUUGCCAUGGAGGAUAUUUCGAACAGCGGGUAUAUCUCGGAUGAUGAUGAUAACCAACGGGAUAGCGCGGGGUCUGAUGACGCAUCACUUAUAUCAGUAGAUGAACAGAGCAAAAGUGUUCAUGGAGAGAAGAAGCAUCGAAAGAAUCUCGAUGUCUUGAAGAGGACAAAAAGCGUACCUUUGUCGAAGUCGCUCAUGCACACCGUCAUGCACCCGGGUCUAAGAGACAAAACGGAACGGAGAUUGCCCCGAAUGAAGAAACGAUCUUUGAGCACGCCGAGAAUUAGGGAUAACCAGUUGCCGACCGUUGCUCCGAAUGCCGAAGAAGAAGAAGCAGCAGCAACCACAAAGUAGGCUUAUGGUUUGCUGCUACUUAAUUUCCACAGUGAGUGUUUUGUUUUUCGUUGGUUGUAGUUUUAGUUGGUUGCUCGAUCGAACAAACGAUGGUAUGUUGCUUUAGCAUUCUGUAAAUAUCGACGCAACUGCUAUAUAUAUAUAUAUA